AUGUCUGCUUCAGGUAACAAAUACCGUAUUUCUCUUGGUUUGCCAGUCGGUGCUGUCCUCAAUUGUUGUGACAACUCUGGUGCCAGAAACUUGUAUGUCAUCGCCGUCAAGGGUGCUGGUGCCAGAUUGAACAGAUUGCCAGCCGCCUCUCUCGGUGACAUGGUUAUCGCUACUGUUAAGAAGGGUAAGCCAGAAUUGAGAAAGAAGGUCUUGCAAGCUAUUGUUGUUAGACAAUCUAAGCCAUGGAGAAGAAAGGAUGGUAUCUACCUUUACUUCGAAGAUAACGCUGGUGUCAUUGUCAACCCAAAGGGUGAAAUGAAGGGUUCUGCUAUCACUGGUCCAGUCGGUAAAGAAUGUGCUGACUUGUGGCCUCGUAUUGCUUCUUGUUCCGGUGUUGUUGUUUAA